AUUAUUGUGGGACGUCUAUCUGGCUAAGCUGGUUAGAUGAUAACAGGAAUACAUAGAUUAUUACUUAAAACAGUUUAAUCCAUCUCUCUUUAUGUUAUCCUCUCUAGUUCUUUAUGAAACACAACACAGCUGAAGAAGUAAAGCAAUUUUCAGACAUCAAUGGCUUUCUCCCCAGACACCAAGGACAACAAGAAGAACAUAAAUCAAACCAUGCUGCUAUGCUGCAAACUCUACAUAUCUGAGUCACGGAACAAAGAAGCUCUGGACUCGAUUGAACGAGCAGCUAAGCUCCAACCAGAAACUGUCAUUGUAAAGAAGUUUGAAGAUGGUGCUUACAACCGAGUGAGGUACACUAUGGUUUCGUAUGUUGCUCAUGAUAGCACAGGUUGCCCCAUCUACAGCCCCCUGCAUCAAACUGUUGUAGCCAUGGCUGAAGCUGCAUUUGCUGCUAUAAAUCUGGAGUUACACACGGGUGCACACCCUCGGCUUGGCGUUGUUGAUGACAUUAUAUUCCAUCCACUUGGUCGGGCUUCUUUGGAUGAAGCGGCUUGGCUUGCUAAAACUGUGGCAGCAGAUUUUGGGAACCGCUUUCAAGUGCCAGUGUUUCUGUAUGAUGCUGCACACCCCACUGGCAAGGAAUUGGCCAUUAUCAGGCGUGAACAAGGUUAUUUUCGGCCUAAUGUGACAGGCACCCACUGGUCAGGAUGGAUCAAACCUGCAAAUUAUCCUGAGAGGCCUGAUGAAGGGCCAAGCACCAUCUCUGGAGCCAGAGGAGUAACUGUCAUUGGUGCAAGUCCAUGGAUAGCAGCAUAUAAUGUGCCAAUAUUGUCCACUGAUUCCUCAGUUACUCGACGUAUUGCACAAAAGGUAAGUGGCCGAGGUGGGGGGCUUCCAACCGUUCAAACAAUAGGCUUGGUCCACGGAGAGGACACGACUGAGAUCGCUUGUCUCUUGUUAGAUUUUAAUAAAGUCGGAGCAGAUCGUGUCCAGAAUCGAGUUGAGAUGCUAGCAAGCCAAGAGGGGUUGGGGGUGGAGCAAGGGUAUUUUACUGAUCUUUCACCAGAGAUGGUUACUGAAAUAUAUGUCAAAUCCAUCUCUGCUAAUUCAAAUUGACUCGAUGACUUUGUUUGGACAUCUGAUGACUUGCCCUAUUCCCUGCACUGAUCAGAUUAUAAAUAAAAGAUUUGCUAUGUGUAAAAA